UUACUGCUGAAAAACUAUCAUAAAAUGAAUGUGCUCACCACCCAUUACACUCCCAUUCCCGCCGGAAAUACCCCCCUUAAGAGACCUCUUAAGGAGUAUCUCAAAUACGGUGUCAUCAACCUCGACAAGCCCUCCAAUCCCAUCCAUGAGGUUGUCUCAUGGGUCAAGAAGAUUCUCAAUGUUGAAAAAACCGGCCACUCGGGAACACUCGAUCCAAAAGUGACAGGAUGCCUCAUUGUUUGCCUAGAGGUAUUUUGAGUUCUAUUUAGAGCCACAAGAUUGGCAAAAUCUCAGCAGUGUGCUGGUAAAUAGUAUAUUGGCAUCGUCAGACUCCACGGCUCCAUCGACUCAGAAAUCAAACUCAAGAAUGUCCUGAACACUUUGACUGGAAGUCUUUUCCAAAAACCUCCAGAGAUCUCUGCAGUUAAAAGAUAACUCCGUAAGACCAUCUAUGAGUCUGAGCUUUUGGAAUAUGAUGCUGAGAAAAGAUGAGUCUUCAGAGUUUCAUGCGAGGCUGGAACCUACGUCAGAACUCUUUGCAUCCAUAUCGGCUUGCUUUUGGGAGUUGGAGGCCAUAUGGAGGAGCUCCGCAGAUCAAGAAGCGGUUGCAUGUCAGAGAAUGACCAUUUGAUGACCAUGCAUGACCUUUUGGAUGCCCAGUGGAGAUACGAAAACUAUAAGGACGAAACCUACCUUAGACGCGUUGUCUUGCCCCUCGAAGUCCUUCUCUUGAAAUUGCCAAGAAUUGUGAUCAAGGAUUCAUCGAUCAAUGCCAUUUGCUAUGGUGCUAAGCUCAUGAUCCCUGGUAUCCUGAGAUACGAUAACGGCAUCAACGUCGGAACCGAAAUCGUCAUUAUGUCGACCAAGGGUGAGGCCGUUGCCGUCGCCAUUGCUCAAAUGACAACUGCUGAAAUCGGCUCAUGUGAUCACGGAGUCGUUGCUAAGACCAAGCGUGUCAUCAUGGACAGAGAGACAUACCCAAGAAAAUGGAAGGAGGGACCCCAUGCCAAGAGAAAACAAGAACUCAUCAAGAGUGGCCAACUGUAGAAGAAUGGAAAGCCAAAUCCCAACACUCCCAAGGACUGGCUCCAAUAUUACAACAACGAAAAGGAUAACAACAUCGUUCAAUGA